CCCCCCCCCGCCCCCCCGUCCCUCUUCCUUCUUUUUCUUUUCUAGUAGUAUAAUUUUCCCAUCAAUAUAAUUCCUUUUUUUUAACUUAUAAAGAAGGAGGAAAGAAAGGAAAAGAAUAAAAAAUCUAAAUCUCAAAGGGGGCAGCACUAACUCGUAGGAAUACUCUUUCUGGCUUUCAAUCUUUCCAGUUGUCUACUGUCUCUCUCUCUCUCUCAGUCCCUUUUCUUUUGUUAGAAUUCUUCAAUCGUAUUUAACAUCACCCCAUCUGUCGCCAAACUUCUCUUCUCACUGUUUUCUUUCAAUUAGACCCAUUUCUUUCUUUUAUGGUUUCUUUCUUUCUCUCUUUUUGUCAACAUCCCUAUCACCGCCAAAAAGCAGCAGCUCCCCCUCUCUCAUCGCAACUGUGUGGGGAGGGAGGAGGGCAAUAGACAGACACAAUUCAACUGAAUUAUAUUAUCAUUGAUGAGGAGAAGAAGAAAGAUCUUCAUGCACCACUGAUAAAUAAAGAUUCCUACUUUGCCAACCUUCAUCCACAUCACUGAGGGAAACAACAAGAAGAGAUGCAGCAAGGAGGAGGAGAAGGAGGAGGGGGGCAUCAAUCUCAAUACGGGGAGAUGGGUGCUCCAACAACAGCAGUAGCAACAACGACGGGUGCAGUGAGCAGCAGCCACAUGGUAAGCGAGCAGUCGGAGCAGUUAGUGGAAGCGGCAUCGCCUAUAAGCAGUAGGCCGCCUGCCACUGGGAAUUUGGAUGAAUUCAUGAGGUUAGCAAGUGGUGGAGGAGAUGACGGAGGAGAUGAAGGGGAUCGAGCAGGUGGAGGAGGAGGAGGAGCUGGAGUUGCAAGUGGCAAUAGGUGGCCCCGUCAAGAGACUCUUGCUCUUCUCAAGAUUAGGUCAGAUAUGGAUGCUGCUUUCCGUGAUGCCACCGUCAAGGGCCCUCUAUGGGAAGAUGUUUCCAGGAAGCUAGCGGAGCUGGGUUACAAAAGGAGUGCCAAAAAGUGCAAGGAAAAAUUCGAGAACGUCCACAAGUACUACAAGCGAACAAAAGAAGGGCGAGCUGGCCGUCAAGAUGGUAAGAGUUACAAGUUUUUCAGCCAGCUAGAGGCUCUCCAUACAACUUCUUCUGCCACUGCUGCUGCUAACCUAUCAACACCAGUCACACCUGUCACUGCCGCUAGCACCGCCAGCCUGGACGUGGCUCCCGUUUCGGUUGGGGUUCAUAUGCCCAUCUCGUCUGUCAGAAUUCCACCUGCAACUAUCCCAAUGUCUUCCUCUAUGUUAGCCAUGCCUGGAUCUGCUCCUGCAUCCGUGCCAGUGCCACCAGUAGGAGCAGCGCCGGCGUCAGGACAUCCUAUCACCACCACAGCCGCUCCAUUUGGAAUCAGCUUCUCUUCUAACAGCUCUUCCUCUUCUCAAGGCUUUGAAGACGAUGAUGACGACGAUGACGAAGAAGAUGAACCUGGAGGAGAACCAUCCAACAUGGCUGGCACUAGCCGGAAACGUAAAAGACAGUCGUCGAGAGGGGGCGGUAGUACGACCAGGAGGAUGAUGGAGUUCUUCGAGGGUCUAAUGAAACAGGUCAUGCAGAAGCAAGAAUCCAUGCAGCAGAGAUUUUUAGAAGCCAUAGAGAAGAGAGAGCAAGAUAGGAUGAUAAGAGAAGAAGCUUGGAAAAGACAAGAAAUGGCGAGAUUAACUCGCGACCAUGAACUUAUGGCUCACGAACGUGCCAUUGCUGCUUCUAGGGAUGCUGCUAUUAUUUCUUUUUUGCAGAAGAUUACUGGUCAGACUGUACAGUUACCCACAACUGUCACUGUCUCCGCUGCUCCACCUCCACCGACACAACCAGCCGUGCCAGUUGUUCCACCUCCGGCUUCUAUUCCUACAGCAGCUUCACCAUUGCAUCAUCCACCGUCAUUACCACAACAACAGCGUAGCUCUCAACAGCAGCAACAGUCAGUACAGCCGCACCAUCAACAUCAGCAACAGCCACAAGCUGUUCACCAGCAGCAGCAUCAAGCUCAACCUCAAAACACUGAAGUUGUGAGGCAUCAUCAACAACCUAUUUCUUCAGAUGUAGUAAUGGCUAUCCCGGAGCAACAGGUCCCACCACAGGAGAUUGGUCGGAGUGGGAACUUGGAGCCUGCCUCUUCUAGGUGGCCUAAAGCUGAAGUUCUUGCACUUAUAAACCUGAGGAGUGGGCUUGAAUCCAGGUACCAAGAGGCUGGGCCGAAGGGCCCUCUUUGGGAGGAGAUCUCGGCUGGUAUGUCAAGGAUGGGCUACAAGAGAAGCGCCAAGCGAUGCAAGGAAAAAUGGGAGAACAUCAACAAGUACUUCAAGAAGGUCAAAGAAAGUAAUAAGAAACGUCCCGAGGAUGCCAAAACCUGUCCCUAUUUUCACCAACUCGAUGCCCUUCACCGUAAGAAAAUACUUGGAGGAGGGACUAGCGGUGGUUUCAGUAGCUUUAGUGACCAGAAUAGGCCUCAAGAAGAAACGUCACAGCAGCAUCUAGAUACGAGUGAAGCCCCACCAAUCACGGCAGCGCCGCAAUCGACGCAGCCUACUGAUCAAUCAGAAAACAAAACUGGAGCUACUGCUGAUGUGCUGACAAGAAAAGAAGGUUUACCUGGGAGUUUCUUUGGAGAAGGAAACGGUGAAGCUGCAAAGAAGCCAGAAGACAUUGUGAUGGAGCUGAUGGAGGACCAGGGGAUGCACCAUCAAGGACAAUCCUUGUUGGUGGAUGGCUAUGGUAAGAUUGAUGAACCUGACAGUGAUAAUAUGGUUCACGAGGAAGAUGAAGAUGAGGACGAAGAUGAUGAAGAUGAUGACGAAUUGGAAGAAGAGCGAAAGAUGGCUUAUAAAAUAGAAUAUCAAAGACAGAAUGCAAGCACUCCCAACGGAGGAGGGAAUGGGGCGCCCUCCUUUCUGGCCAUGGUUCAAUAAUCUUGGCAGCUCCACCACUGAAAAUGUACCAUAUGUACCUAUGUGUGCAGAAGCUCAACAAAAUACCUAACAAUUUGAGUUGAAAAACCUUCUAGCAUCAAAAGCUUUCCUUAUUUCUUCAUUUUGUAUCUCCUCCUAUUUCCACUUCUUAGUCCUUACCAUAGCCUUCCUUUCAACCUUCAAUAAUUCAGUAUCGUUUUCUUCAUAUCCUCAUUGUUUUCUUCUUUCUUCUUCUUCUUCUUCUUCUUCUUCAAAAUAGCUUCGCUGAUACUUAAAGUCUGAAACAGACUCUUCGAUGGCAGUCCCACUUGCAUUUUAUCGUCACUUCUUUUCGAUUUAUUGAUUUGUUGGUGAAUAAGGAAUUCCGUUUCGAAGGUAAACGGAAGAGAGAUUGAAUUGAGACAGAGAAAAUAAGCUUGCCUAUGCCAGCAGCAGCGUCAAAGGACAGAAAGAAAACAAACAAAGCAUAGAGAGGAAGAGAUAAAAGAGUGCAAGAAACAUGGACCAAUGGAGUAUAGAGAGCGUAUAUGGUGUAAGAAGGAGAAGCAGAUAUUGUUUUAUGUGUCAAAAGUUCUUUCCUUGAUCAGUUUUUGCGUUCUCUCUUACUUGCUUGGUUUAAAUUAAGGAAUCAAAUGAAUAUCAGGGUUUCCUUAGAAAUUUCACUCCUUUGCUUAUGAACUGUGUACUGACUUGUUCACUCCCUAUUCUUUCCCUUUUAACUUUGUGAUCAGUUAUUAUUGUCUUUUGUCAUCAUUCUUUCUAGGUUUUA